AUAAUCGGCAAUGCUAUAUAGGUUAUCAGGAAUCUAUAGAAAUAAGUUUGUUUUAAAAAUUUACCAAUAUGGGGAACGGGAACGCAAAAGCGCAAAUCAGCCAACAGCAACAACAGCCUCAGCGAGGUCCAGUCACUUUUUAUUCCAGUGUUUUCAGUCCACCAUGCCGGGGUCUUUGGAUGGUACUGAAAGCAUCAGGGGUUGACUUUAUCCUAAAGGAGACUGACAUUUUAAGCGGCGAGCACAAAAAACCGGAAUAUUUGGCAGUAAAUUCAUUGGGAACUGUCCCUGCCUUGAAAGACGGGAAUUUGUGCAUCGGCGAAAGUCGUGCUAUCAUGCAAUAUGUGUGCAACCGAUAUGCCGCUGGGUCUGCUCUCAGUCUUUAUCCCAAAGAUCCCGCUGCUCGUGCGGUUGUGGACCAAGUUUUAUACUUCGACACCUCGCUUAUUACAGCAGUGUACAAAUAUACGAAAAUCGCGGAAGUUCUUUUCAAGCAUGAAAAACACUUGGAACUGGAUGGCAAAGACGAAAUGAAAAAGAAACUUCUUUCAUUAGAAAACUUCUUGUCUAAGAAUCGUUACCUUGCUGGAGACCACAUGACAAUUGCAGAUUUAUCUGUUUUGGCGAAUUUGGUGGUGUUGGAUAUCUGUCACUUUGAUGACUACGAAGACUUUCCUAAACUGAAAGAAUGGAUGAAAACAAUGAAGGCUCUUCCAUACUUCGAAGCUUGCUGUGGGAAGCAUAACAAAGCUAUGACCGAAAUGUAUCAGAAAGUUUUACAUGAAUAAUAUGUUAAUUAAACUGAUUUUGUAAAAUUGCUUUUUACGGUGCCAGCAUUAUGGGAUGCUGGGUUUGUAUAAAAUGAAUUAAGCCUGACAGCUUUUGUAGUUAGACAUGUAGUAAGCGUACCGUAAUAAAAAUAUAGUACUGUGGGGUAAGUUACAUUUCGGAUCGUGUUUUGAACAAUUCACAAUGCUCUUUUAGGGCAGCGGGGCUCAACGUUGUAUAUUUUCUGUAAAUGUUCUUAGUUUACUACAAACGGGACAAGAAAAAAAGAAUGAAAACAUGUCCCAUUCUACCCCACCUAACUAUAUUAAAACCUACGAGUACCAUCUUUCGUCACAUGAAUAAAUAUUUAUAUUGGUU